AUGGAGUCUUCAAAGGUGGAGCUGGUUGUUCCACAGGACCUCAAGAUCCUGCUUGAGGGGGUGAGCCGAGCUGUUAUACAAAACAACACAGAUGACAUUGCUGAGUUUAUUGCUCUCUAUUUCCAAGAUCUUGUUGCCUUGCGAACAGAGAAUUCAGACCUGGAUAUAACAGAACUGAUUAACAAGUUUGAGUAUGUUAGAGGUAAGAAAGUUGCUGCCUUGGUAAAAAGUCUCUCUCCGUCUUUCUUAAAGCCCCCUUUAAAAAAUAGAAAUGAGGAACUAGAGGAGAAAAUAUCAGAGCACCUAGAUACUUUGUUUUCUGGCAAGCCUGAGAAAAGGGAGAAGUGUACUGACACUGAGGAAGACCAGCUCCUUGAAGAACCUGAUAUUGAGUAUAGCUCACAACAAACUCAGUACCCAUCAGUUGCCAGUUCCAUUGCAGAAACCAUAUCCUCCACUGGAUAUGAUGGCGCUUCAGCCCCUGAGGGCCCUGAACUGGCGUAUGUCCCUGCUGACCCUGCACAGCUUGCUGCCCAUGUGCUAGCCAUGGCAUCAAGUGAAGCAGCACAGCCACCACUACCUUCUAAUGUGUGGACACUCUAUUGCCUAACUGACUUGAGACAAGGUCAAAAAUCACCACCCUCUCUUCCUCCUGAUGGAGCUGGUGUUCCUUGUUCCCAGGCCCCCCUCUGUCUUUCCAGGGGGGAAGAUCAACAAUAUGGUCAGCUGUCAGAAGUACCUGCUCCAAUUUAUGUGAUGCAAGAAGAAAGCAAGAGGGGAAAUGCUCCCCCUUUCAUUCUAGUGGGCUCUAAUGUUCAGAACACAGAGGACUGGAGACCUAUUCCUAGCUACGCUGUUGUUGCACAGCAACAUACAGGUGUUAGGAGGAGAUUCACUACAGUCCUAAUACCGGUUGCCAGGCCAGCUGCUGAGGAAACAGAUACGCCAAGUCCCAGUUCUAAUCCUGCAGAGGAAGCUGCAGCUAAGCUGUGCCCUCCUGAUGUUUUCUCAGUUGCCAUCCCUCUGGAUGAUGUGAUGUCUGCAAAGAAAAGGCUUGGCAGCUGGUGA